GAGCUGGAAGCUAUCAUCUCUCAGAAGCUUCUGCUUGUUGAGCAAGCCUAUGCUGCUCAGGAUGCCACUAUGCAAAGGAUCUCCACAGAUGCCCAGCAGAUGGCUGAGGAGCAAGGUGUCUUAGGUCAGCUCAGGCUUGACAUCUUAGAUGCUCAGGAGAAGCUGAAAGGUUUCCUGGCUCAGAAGAAGGAGGAGGAACAGGCUCAGGAGGAACUGAGAGAAGAGCAGGCUCAGCAGAUUCUCAGUCAGAUGGAUGCUAUUGGUCUGAGCCCUGAGGCUUUGCUGGAGCUGCAUCAGAAAAGGCAGAAAGAUGGUAAGAAGCCAAUUCUUGAAGAUCAAGUUUCUGAGCCCCCUGGUCUCAGCAAGAAGCAAAGGAUUGAGAAGCCAGAAAAAUCUGACUGA